AGUAAUAAAAGAUUCCGGCAGAGAGCUGUGGGUUCUGCCCUUGCUGGCUUUCCUGAGUGGAAGGCAACCCUCUUCCCUCAGUAAUGGUGAAGUAAGACGAGCAUUGUCCAGGUCUGCAAGCUUGCCAAGCACUAGAAACCCAAGCAAGGACUCAUCAUGCCAAUGAAACCUGUGGGGUGGAUAUGCGGGCAGGUGUUGAAGAACUGUUCUGGAAAAAUUGAGGGGAUCCAGAAAGCAAUCAUGGACCUUGUAGAUGAGUUUAAAGAUGACUUCCCGACCAUCCUGAGAUUAUCACAGUCUCAUCAGAAAAGAGAACCUGUGCAGAAAACUUCCAAAAUCAGGAUGGCUCUUGCUUUAGCCAAGAUGGAUCGCAGAACAUUACUUCGAGGACUAAGCAGCGUAUCUAGAUCCUCCAAGUCAGUGGCCAGACUUCUGCAGCCUCGGCUUGCUUGGAGACUCUUAGAACUGAGAGACCUGUCCCGUCGUCUGCUGAGAGAAGUGAACGCGCCAAGGCAACCCCUGUACAACAUCCAGAUCAGAAAGGGUUCUUUGUUUGAAAUCAUUUCCUUUCCAGCAAAGACUGCCUUAACUAGCAUAAUAUAUGCUUCCUAUGCAGCACUAAUUUAUUUGGCAGUCUGUGUUAAUGCUGUGCUACAGAAGGUAAGGAACAUUUUUCAAGAAGAGGAAUCCAUAAGGCAAAACAGUGAGGAGAGUGAACACUUUAGGAAAGCCUCUUCGGAGCCUGUGCUUUCGGAGUCCAUGUUUUCUGAAGGUGAAAUCAAAGCAAAACCAUGCAGGUCAUUGCCAGAGAAGCCAGACAUUUUGGAUCACCCCAAGCUUCCUGCUAAUCAGCAGAGUAAUAAGAUCCAGGUUUUACAUUCUGUGUUUGACCAAUCAACUGAAAUGAAUGAGCAAAUCUGAACACAGAUGUCACUGGAAAAGGCUUAAAAGUUACCCAUCUAUGGCACACUUCCUCUGACAAAACUAGGAGACUAGUCUACAUAUACUGAAUUGCUCUUGUAGGGAAAGGGACCACUACAAAAAUGUCAGUCUCUAGUGUUUAUGUGGUAGAGAAAAUAAAAUUAAUCCUAAUGUAGGAUA